AUGACCUCAAUCUCGUCUCGCCGUUUACGCAAAGAGCUCACUGAAAUACAGACAGAAGGAUGUCCCACAGGCAUCACACUGCUCAGCGCUGAUAACUUUGAGACGUGGUACUUCUCCAUAGAAAUUCUGGGCGAAAGUUUAUACCAGGGGGAGGUAUUCAAGCUCAUGUUUCGCUUUGACUCAAGCUACCCUAUCUCGGCGCCUGCAGUCCAGUUCGUCGUCAACCAGGAAUCAACAGCACCUGUGCAUCCGCAUGUAUACUCAAAUGGACAUAUUUGCGCCUCUAUCCUUGGAACUGAAUGGUCACCAGUUCUGAGUGUGUCUGCUGUGUGUGUAACCCUGCAAAGUAUGCUUGCAUCAUGCAAAUCGAAGGAACGGCCCGUAGACAAUGACAGGUACGUUCGGUACGCACCCGAUAAUCCAAAGAAGACUCGUUUCCACUACGACGGUAAGUGA